AUGGGAAAAUUAAGACCUAAGAAACGACCAUUUCAGUUUACAAUACCAUCAACACCUUCUUCUUUAGCGAGAAAGGAAGAUACUAUGACGACUUCAGUUGCACCUAAACAACAGACCAUUGAAUUAACCGAUUUGGACUUGACACAAUUAUCUGAAGUUAAGAAACAAUUAGAGGAGGAAUUAUCACAUUUGACUUCGUCAUUCGGACAACUGAAACAAGUUCAAACACGUUUUCAGGAUUGUAUAGCUAGCGUAGAAACCAUAAAAGGAGGGAAAUCGGGAGAAUUGGUUGAUACUGAUAAAGUAAUAGUAGAUGUUGGAACCGGCUAUUACAUUGAAAAGGGUUUAGAUGACGCUUUAAAAUUUUAUGCAGAAAAAGUUGAAUUUGUAAAGAAUAAUUCUGAAACCUUGCAACAAACGAUUACAUCUAAACAGAAUAAUUUGAAAAGUAAGAAAUAA